CAGCGACCGUCCGCCAGGCUCAUUCCCGACGAUGCCGGAGCGCUUCGAUCCUGCCGGCCGCCGGCGCAGGGGCAUUCUCCCGCCGCCCGUCGGCGCAGGGGCAUCGACGGGCCUCCGACGCCGGCCUCCUGACGUCCAUAUCGCCGGCACAGGCGCAUCGGCGGAACGGUCGGAGCCCGCGCUGUCGCCUCCUGACCGACAGAUCGAGGUCCGACCGCCGGCGUCCGACGUCUCAUCGGUGUGCCGGCACAGGCGCAUCGACGGAACGGUCGGAGCCCGCGCCGUCGCCUCCUGACCGACAUGGUGGUCUUAACACUCCAGAAAAUUGUGCUAUAAUUCAAGGUAGAGCUAACAGAAAUUGUGCUAUAAUUCAAAGUAGAGCUAACAGAAGGGAUGAUAUUCUAGACGAGAUGGAAGUUGCUGCUUUAGCUUCUAGAAUCAAUUGGACAGAGUAUCAGUUAGCUUCAAUUGAAGCUGCUGCGAUUGGUAACAUAAUUAGGGAUGGAAAGGUCAUUGAAAUUGCUCCAAACUCGAAAGGAGGACCUCUACAGGAUGUGCUGAGAAGUUUGCUUGAAAAAAAUGAAUUGAUGAUAAAUAAACUGUGUGAUGAGGAUGCUCCACUGGAAAGUACCGCUUCAAGGCCGCUCUCAGGCUUCUUUUUCAACACAUUAUGUAAGGAGCCUGGGUAUCUCGCAUUUGACACCAUACGCUGCGGCAAGCUUCUUUACCCUGAGUCACGCUUUGCUGCAUUACCAGAGCCCGUAUCUUUCCUUGCAUCCACGCGUGGCCUUGUCUGCGUCUGUGGAAAGACAACAGGCUUGUACUAUGUAACCAACACGACCACCUUCAAGUGGGUUCAGCUACCACGCCACAGUUGUGAUCAUGGAGAACCAGCAGUUGUCAUCACAUUCGAGGAACCCCUGACAUCCUGCUUCGACGGUGCUGUUGAGCAUUAUCAUGUCGUCGCUGCCUUCCACCUCAAGGGCAGCGUCUGGACAUCUGAGUCAUACUCCUCCAGGACUGGGAGGUGGACUAUUGCUAAAGAUGCCCCUCCUGCUGUGGAGGUGAAGGCGGAGUCUGGUGUUGGUACACUGGGCUGCGCCUUCUGGCGCACUUCCCUUGGGUCUAUCCUCUGCUAUGACCCGGGGAAGGACCUCCUUAAAGUCAUCCCUGCCCCUCGAGUGGUAAACCAAGAUACCGUAUGGGAGCUUGGGCAAAUGGAGGGAGAUCUUACUGUGACCUGCUUCAAGGAUGUUGACGGUUUCCUCACAUUGGGCGUGCUUAAAAUAAACAAGCGACUGUUUGAUGAUAAGGUUGCUGCACUCUGGACAGUUGUCGGCUCAUUCUCCGGGGAGAAGGUUGGCAAAAGGGCUAUGUUGCUCCGCUCACAAGGCGCCGCAGAGGUCGUUGUCUGGGAACCCUUGGAGGAGCGCGUCGUCGCCAUGGACCUUGAAGGCCUCGUUACUGGCAACUUUGGGCCCCUAACCAAUGAAGGGUGUACUCCAUGUUUUGUUCCUUACGUUCCAUCGUCUGUGAGUAUUUGAAGGACUGACGAUGAUCAGGAAUAAACCAGAUGUGAUUAGCAUACAAUUGUAUAGUAUAAGAAAUACACCUCCAUGUUACGUUUUUGAGCUGGCUGGCAGGACCAACCCUACCUGAUAUGAGAUUUUACCAUGUUAGGUUUUUAUGCUUGCUGGCAGGCCCAACCAACCUGACAUGACAUUUACCACGUUAGGUUUUUAUGCUUGCUGCCAGGCCCAACCAACCUGACAUUUCGGCUGGACUAUGCAUUCUUUUUUCUUGUCUUAACCCAUUCAUUCAGCACUUUUACUUGUUCUUCCAUUCUUUCUGUAGGAGUACUUUUUACCAUGUUCCUGUUGUUUUCUUUGCUUUUUCUGGAAUAAACUACCCAGUAAUUUUCUGUCA